AUGGAUUCCGAAGAGGCACCCCCUCCCCCGUACUCCGCCGUCGACCCGAACCCAAACAAUACCCGGAUCGCGAGUGGUAUCAAUGGGGGGCUAUUGCAUUUACGCGGUGGGAAUUCGCCAUUAUCAAUAGCCACAUCGGGGAGUAGCUCUAGCAGUGUGCUCAUCGGCUCCCCAUCAUCGCCAUCGUCUCGCUUUACGCCCGCCAACUUCGAAUCCGCCGUCGCAUACUUUACCGAACGACCGCCCACGGUAUUAGACGAUGGCAGAGAAAUCCUGCAUCACCAUUUGACCAUAUAUCCGCGGAGUCAGGCGAAGGAUUUCCCCCGCCGGCCGCGGUGCUGGAAUUCGCGGAACGGAGAGAUCACUCAGCAGGACUGGGAUAUGUUCUUGAGGUAUCUGUUUCCUCCGCAUUUGGGACUUGCGUCAACAUCGGGACAUCUGUCACGGCAAUUGAGAGCGCAGAUCCAGCGAGAUCGCAAGGAUAGGCCGCAGGAGACGGACGAGCAGCGCAAAUUGCGGGUUACGGCUGUGGUUACGGAGUGGAAUCAAUGUUUUUUUGAACCUCGUGCCGCCAGGCUAUUGUUUUCUUACAUCACUGACCCGGGGCACGCGCCGACAUCUUCACUAUGUCCUAAGUGUUAUCCUGCUGCGACGAGGGCAAACCAAGAAAGCCGAUCUUCGCGGACGCAGUCGGUAUUUGGUCGAGGGAGACAGUCGUCGCAGUCGAGUACACCUCCAGCGGCACAGGGACACCCUGCCACGCCACCGGCAAACAAUGGUUAUGCUCAUGGGACAUAUCCAUAUCCGCAACAGUACGGCGGGGCUCCUGUACCUUACGCGCAGGCGCCGUAUAGCCAAGCUGCAUUCUAUCCACCAGCAGCACCUCACAAUACUUAUCCCACACAUGCAUAUUCACCGCAACCACAACAACCAUAUAACUACCAACAACCAUAUCAAUGGGGCUGGAAUAAUCGACAAUACCCUCCUCCUCAGUCGCCAAGCUCGGGUAGUUCCAAAGGCGGUCCCUUGGGUUGGAUUUCUUCACUUGCCUCCCAUAUCACGGAGCAAGCUGAGCGAUAUGGCGACAAACUCAGUGCCCACGCUGAGCAUUAUGGAAGACAGGUGGAAGAGCAAGCCAUAGCGCAUGGUCGCUGGUUGGAGGAGCAGGCUGGGUUGUCGGGGCGGAAGGCUCAAAGUCCGUAUGCUGGUUAUCCUCGGCCGGAUCCACGCUAUCAAUAUUACAACUACUACAACAACUAUCCAUAUCAUUAUUAUCAUCAACCCAACGCGACUACGAACGUGAACCCUAGCCCAGUCUCUGCACCAACUACUCCCGCUGCCGCCGCUUCAGCCACCGGUACGACUGCUGUCGAAGACGAUAACGAAGCCCACAACGCUAACAUUACCACCCAGCGCACGAUCGCACAACCUAAUCUACGCCAUCGCAGUUUAUCUAUUGCUUCCACAACUUCCGAUUCAUCAUUUACAUCAAUCGACUCCCUCUCCACCACAUCAGAACUGAGCUCCUCUGAUCUCGGUACUGUCCGCGCGCAGCUCCUUUCCUUAGAAGACCACCAUGACCGCAAUCUCUACGAAGCAGCUGUCGGCCUCCGGCGCCAACUAGACGUGAUACGAGAGUCAAACCGGCAGUCACGCUCGCGAAAUGGAUGGGGACAGUACGACGAUCGCCGCGGCGGGUCAUGGAACCAGCCCCAACGAAGUUGGACAGAACGACGAGCAAUGAAGGACGAAAUGCGCGCAACAAAAAAGGCCUUCCGGGAUGUGCUACGUCGGGCACGAGAAGAACAGCGCGAAAAGCGACGGAUGAGGCGUAGUCGUCGGCGACAAGAACAACAGCGACUCCAGCAGUUGCAAAGAGACGGCGCUGAAGUAGAGACUGCCCCUCUACCUGCUUCUUCUCACUCUCAUUCACGUUCGGCGGAAUUACCUCUGGAGCAACGCUUGCAGAAUCUCGAGUUGGAAAGAGAGAAGGCUAAGAAACAUGCGAGCCAGCCGACGGUUCGAUCGUCUGCAUCGUUUCCAUCGACGGCGAGGUCUAUUUCGAGCGUUGAGUCUAGUGAAGUCAGUUCUAUCAGCACGCCCAGCACUGCAUCCUUGCAUGAAGGGGAUCACCAGAACGAGUCUCGCGCCAGUGGCGAACCACAGACAGAUAGCAACACUCGAAGGCAAAGCAAAGAGCAAAAGGGGAUGAAGCAGAGAAAGUAA